AUGGCAUCAGAUAGUAACUUCGUACAAGCAGCAAUUUCUCGCUUUAAUGAUCACUAUGACCAUUGGAGCAUGUUGAUGGAGAAUUUCUUACAGUCAAAUGAGUAUUGGCCAAUUGUGGAGGACGACAUCGAUUCUCCGACAGUAGGCAAAAUUUUGACGAAUGCUCAAAAAAUAGAGUUGGAAGUGAAAAAACUGAAAAAUUUGAAAGCGAAGAAUUAUCUCUUUCAGGCUAUCAAUCGUCCCAUCCUAGAAACUAUUCUUUGCAAAGAAACUUCUAAAGAUAUUUGGGACUCCAUGAAAAAGAAAUAUCAAGGCAGUGCUAGAGUGAAGCAUGCACAACUUCAAGCCUUGAAAAGGGAUUUCAAGACUCUGCAGAUGAAGGAAGGAGAGGUUGUCAUAAGUUAUUGCGCUAGAACAAUGGAGAUCAGCAACAAAAUACGAUUUCAUGGAGAGAAGAUGAAUGAUGUCACAAUUGUUGAGAAAAUAUUGCGCUCUUUGACACCAAAGUACGAUUAUGUAGUUUGCUCCAUUGAGGAAUCAAAAGAUAUAGAUGAGUUAUUGCUGGAUGAAUUACAAAUCUCCCUAUUGGUGCAUGAACAGAAGAUGAACCGCAGUUCAACUUCUAAGGAGCAGGCCUUAAAGGCUUCUACUUUUGUUCCUUCCAAUUCUAGAGGAAAGGGUAGAGGUAGAGGUAGAGGAAGAGGGAGAGAAGAUAGAGGAAAUAGAGAUGGCGGCAGAAAUUUUAGAGCCAAUAAUGAUGGCAAAGGUAGGGGGAAGAAUUUUGACAAAUCAAAAGUCGAAUGCUAUCGAUGUCAUAAAUUUGGUCAUUAUCAAUCUGAGUGCUACACUAGGCUGCCUAGUGACAAGGACAAGAAGUCAAAUUCUGUUGAAAACAACGAAACCGAGACCCUGUUGAUGGCAAUAGACACAGAAGAAAACUCGUGCAAGAUGUUUGGUAUCUGGACACAGGCUGCAGUAAUAACAUGA